AUGUUAUCUGUGAGCUGGGGCAUGAGGCUGGUAGAAAGACCAGCGAUCCCCAGGGCACCACUCUUGCUGGUUGCACUCUGGGUGCUGCUCCUGGCUCCCAGCCAGUGUUUUCAAGGCCCUCCCACCUGGCGUUACAUCUCAUCGGAGGUGGUCAUUCCUCGGAAGCAGAUCUACCAUGGUAAGGGAUUUCAAGCACCAGGACGGCUCUCCUACAGCGUGCGUUUUAGGGGUCAGAGACAUAUCAUCCACCUGCGAAGAAAGACACUUAUUUGGCCCAGACACUUGCUGCUGACAACUCAAGAUGACCAAGGAGCUUUACAGAUGGAUUACCCUUAUUUUCCUGUAGAUUGUUACUAUAUUGGCUACCUGGAGGGGAUCCCUCAAUCGACGGUCACUUUGGAUACUUGCUAUGGGGGCCUGGACGGGGUCAUGAUGUUGGAUGACCUUGCCUAUGAAAUCAAACCCCUCAAUGAUUCACACAGGUUUGAGCACCUUAUUUCACAGAUAGUGACUGAUUCUGCUGCAGUGGGGCCUAUGAAUGAAUGGAAGCACAUAGAGCAUAGCACAGGCCCCUCUUUAUCUAGACCAAAUUCCAAUGUGGCUCCCAGAAUGUCUAGUAGAGACUACGCUUCACAUCCAGCUGCUAUAAAAGGCCAUUUUCAAGCCACCUAUUCAGUACAUGUCAUAGCCAGGACUGUUGAGAGGUCAGCCAGAUAUUUGUUUUCACUAAUCAGCUUAAUGGACACUUUUAUGUCCAACAUUAAUUUGCGUUACUAUGUUAUUCUCUUAUCUGUGUAUAACCGCCGAGAUCCAUUUCCACAUGACUUCAAAAUGCCGGGAGGGUCUAUUCAUAAUUACUAUUUGUCAAACUUUUACCAGAGAUUUAGACCUGAUGCAUCAAGCUUAAUUAACAAUUGGGGGCCCAGUGAUGAAAACGCUGUUCCAAUUGCACGUGGUGUAUGUAGUACCAAUGGCCUAACCCUUAUUGGUAAAAAUGGCCGAGCUUAUAUAUAUAUGUCUAUGGUAGUAACCAAUCGUGUUGCGAGGAACAUAGGUCUGAAUCUUGAUGAUGAGACUUACUGUUUUUGCCAGAGAAGAGCGACCUGCAUUAUGUUCAAGGUUCCUCAGCUAACAGAUGCUUUCAGCAAUUGUUCCAUAGCAGAGUUAAACCAAAUACUCAAUACUCCUGGUGAGAUGGAAUGUCUUUUCUCGGACUUUACUACUUAUUAUAAUGAAACACAUACCUAUAGAGUUUGUGGAAACUCCAAACUAGAUGUAGGUGAGGAAUGUGACUGUGGCUCAAACAAGGCAUGUUAUGCAAAUCUGUGCUGUCAGAAUAACUGCAGAUUCUCAAAGGGUAGCAUUUGUGAUAAAGAAUCAUGUUGUGCAAACUGCACCUACAGUCCUUCUGGGACACUUUGCAGAAGUAUCCAGAACAUAUGUGAUCUUCCAGAGUACUGUAAUGGGAGUAUACUCACUUGCCCAACAGACUUUUAUCUGCAAGAUGGAACACCAUGCUCAGAAGAGGGGUAUUGCUAUAAAGGAAACUGCACCGAUCGUGAUAUACAUUGCAAGGAAGUCUUCGGUGUAAGUGCCCGUGCAGGAAAUAAAAGGUGCUAUGAUAUCAAUAAGGAAAGCUAUCGAUUUGGACACUGUCAAAGAUCAAAAGAAAGCCUCGUAUUCACAGCUUGUGCCGAUAACGAUAAGAUGUGCGGAAGGUUGCAGUGUACGAAUGUCACCUUCCUUCCACACUUGCAGGAACACGUUUCAUUCCAUCAGUCAGUUAUUUCUGGGUUUUCCUGUUUUGGGCUCGAUGAGCAUCGAGCAACAGAAUCAACAGAUGUUGGUCGUGUGAGAUAUGGUACUCCCUGUUCCCAAACUAAUUUCUGUGAUCGAGGGUCUUGCAAUGGAUCUUUAACUGAACUGGAUUAUGACUGCACCCCAGAAAAGUGCAAUUUCAGGGGAGUAUGCAAUAAUCAUCGGAACUGCCAUUGUCAUGUGGGUUGGGACCCUCCAAACUGCAUAGGAGACGGACCUGGAGGGAGUAUAGACAGUGGACCCCUUCCGCUUAAAAUGCGCACAAUAAGUCAGAGCCAAGAACCAGUGGUAUACUUAAGAAUAGUCUUUGGUCGUAUUUAUGUCUUCAUAGGCGCACUCCUCUUUGGGGUGGCCUUUCGUGUAGCAAUUACUAGGAUUAUCAAGUAUGAAGACUUGCAAGCUGCUUUAUUUCAUGGGCAUGGACAUACACCUGGACCCAGUAUGCCCAAGUAA